GAGCAGAGCAUCGGACCUGCGGCGCUGGGCGGGGAAUCAGGCCUGCCUGCUGCGGGGCGGGGCCGCGUGUGUGCUGGGCCUCGAGCGCUGGCUGCGGCGGACCCAAGUCCUGGAGUCCGGGGACCGAGGAGACAUGGCCUGUCCCCGCAGUGACGCUGAGAUCCAGAAGAACGUGCAGGUGACAGCAGUAGGGCCUGGAAUGGCCCUGGUGGAGCCUCCACUGAGUGGGAGGAUUAGGCCUUUGGAAGCCCUGCCAAGAUUCCUGGGGUGGGGGACAGGGCCAAGCCUGGGCUUUGAGCUUAGGGAGCAAAGCCUGGCCAGGCCUGGAUGGGUUGGAGUGGGGUUGGUGGUGGGCACGGGAGCCGUCACCCUGCGGAUACCAGCUCCAGCUCUUCUUUUCCCACCCCUCGCCCCACCCUUGGUCUGGAUCAGACCUACUACGGGCAGGUGCUGAAGAAAUCAGCAGACCUCCAGACCAAUGCCUGUGUCACUGCAGCCAGGCCGGUCCCCAAGCACAUCCGGAAGGCCCUGCAGAAUGUACAUGAGGAAGUAUCCUUGAGGUAUUAUGGCUGUGGCCUGGUCAUCCCUGAAUGUCUGGAGAACUGCUGGAUUUUGGAUCUGGGUAGUGGAAGUGGCCGAGAUUGUUAUGCACUUAGUCAGCUGGUUGGUGAGAAGGGACAUGUCACUGGAGUAGACAUGACAGAAGGUCAGGUAGAAGUGGCUAACAAGUACAUUGACUAUCACAUGGAAAAAUAUGGCUUCCGGACACCCAAUGUGACUUUUAUUCAUGGCUACAUAGAGAAGUUGGGAGAGGCCGGAAUCAAGAAUGAGAGUUACGAUAUUGUGAUAUCCAAUUGUGUCAUUAACCUUGUACCUGAUAAACAGCAAGUGCUUCAGGAGGUAUAUCGAGUGCUAAAGCACGGCGGGGAGCUAUAUUUCAGUGACGUCUAUGCUAGCCUUGAAUUGCCAGAAGAAAUCAGGACACACAAAGUUUUAUGGGGUGAAUGCCUGGGUGGUGCUUUGUACUGGAAGGACCUUGCAAUCCUUGCCCGAGAAAUUGGGUUCUCUCCUCCACGUUUGGUUGCUGCCAAUUUCAUUACAAUUCAAAACAAGGAACUAGAAAGUGUGGUUGGUGACUGUCGUUUUGUUUCUGCAACAUUUCGCCUCUUCAAACUCUCUAAGACAGGACCAACCAAAAGAUGCAAAGUUAUUUACAAUGGAGGAAUCACUGGACAUGAAAAAGAGCUAAUAUUUGAUGUAAAUUUCACAUUUAAGAAAGAUGAAACUGUUGAAGUGGAUGAAGAAACAGCAGCUAUCUUGAAGAAUUCACGAUUUACCCAAGAUUUUCUGAUCAGACCUAUUGAAGAGAAGUUGCCAAUAUGUGGUGGCUAUACUGCUCUAGAAACAAAGGAUAAAAUCACAGAUCCAUUCAAGCUUGCAGAAGAGUCUGACAGUGCGAAGUCUAGAAGUUCCCCUGAUGUUGCUGGUGGCUGCUGUGGCACAAAGAAAUGCUAAAACUGGGAGUUCCCAUCAUGGCUCAGUGGAAUUGAAUCUGACUGGUAUCCAUGAGGACACAG